AUGUAUGCUGGACCUACAGCUAUUCUUUCCGCGUCUAUGUUACCGGCUCAAACCCCGCCGCCCGUCCAGGGCGAGCAGGCGUCAUCAGAAGCCCGCGCGGACGGCGCAGUGGCUUUGGCAAGCACCAGCGUCGAGAGUACCGGACUUCUGGGCAGAUCAACCGCGACUCUGACUAGGCAUUUGCCGUCAACAGUACAAGCUGUUCUUGCUGUCACCGAGGUCAAGGACUUGGAGAGUUUGGCAACGGUGGCAGACAAGGUCACGGAAGCGACUAGACCAACUGAAAUUUCGCAGAUAAGUAGCUCGACUUCUGGCAGCAUCAGCGAGUUGGUGGGAAUCGUGAACAAACUCCAAAUCGAAGUAGCUGAACUACGGCGAUCGAGUAGUUUAUUCGAAGAGGAAAUGGAAGAGCGCCGCCGUAUCACGACUGUCCGCCAGCUAGAACUCCUAGUGGAAUAUCUCGAAGCCCACAAAGAUCUCGCUCUUGGUAGGGUACGGUCAAAAGAAGCUCGUUCCGUUGCAUCAAGACUUUGGAGGGAAGGUUACGAAAUUUUAAAUGCGGAAGGGCCUGCAAGGACUGCCAAGGAGUGGUCCAAAGUUUGGAACGACCAAAAAUGUAAAGUGCGCGCAAAAUUAGUAAAUAUAAACGCUAAUAAUAGAGGAACAGGAGGCGGCCUGAAUAUUGCACCCACUUUAACGGCCAUCGAAGAAAAAAUAGCCAACAUUUUAGAAAAUGUUGUGGGUGAAGUAGAAGUGGCAGAAGAACCGGUAAAUAUUUCACCUACAAUAAAUCAAGACCAAAUGAUCUUGUCGCCUUCACCUAGCCUGACAGGGCAAGUGCCAUCACCUACCCUGCUUACUGAGAGACAAGACAAAAUGGGCUGUUUCGUCAGUAAAGACAAACUCACUAAGGAGGAUAUGGACUUUCUGAAAACUCACACGUCAUACGAUGAAACUACUAUCAAGGAGUGGUACAAGGGGUUCAAGCAAGACUGUCCUAACGGACGGCUAACGCCUGCAAAAUUCGUCGACAUGUACAAGAUGUUUUUCCCCUCUGGCAAUGCCGUUGAAUUCUGCGAUCACGUUUUUCGCACUUUCGACAUGGACAAAAAUGGAUAUAUAGAUUUUAAGGAAUUUCUGCAGGCGAUUCAUGUGACAUCGAGUGGAACCCCUGAGGAAAAGCUUAAAUGGGCUUUCCGCAUGUAUGACGUGGAUGGCAAUGGAGUAAUAGACAUUCAAGAGAUGACGAAAAUAGUCCAGGCUAUCUACGACAUGCUUGGCGCGUGCUCAAGUAACAGGCCGGCUGAUUCCGCCGAGGAGCGUGCCAAAAAUAUCUUCGCUAAAAUGGACGAAAACAACGACGGCCAGCUCACGCAGGACGAGUUCCUCAAAGGCUGUCUCCAAGACGAAGAGUUGUCCAAAAUGCUCGCGCCUUAA